AAUGGCCACUGUGGAAAAAGCUACUGAUUCACUCAGCGAGAACUCUGGAAAUCUAACAAUAGAUGAAUCCUACCCAACAUCCAUCAAUGAUGACAUGGAUUCAUCAUCUACCAUCCACUUACCUAAUAUCUUUGUCUAUCUGUCAAUUUUCCUAAGCUUGCUAGCUUUUUUGAUUUUAUUUCUGGUAAUUGCAUUGCAGAAGCUUAAGAAUGUCACUGCUUUUAGUUCCUCCUGUCACGAAGAUACAAGCAACACAGGGAGUUCUGAAACCAAUCUGGAAAUAUGUAGCCUUUCAUCAAGGUCAUCUGGUUUCUCAGCUUUGUCAAGCUAA